AUGUAUAUACAAGAGGUACCGCCACAUUCAGAAACGCAGUCCUCCCUAAAGCGCAACUCACAGCGAGCGGAUGUGCAACAGACUAGUAUAUACAGACAAACACACGCAAACACUGACACAGACAAAGACAUAGAAAACACCCUAGGACAAAAAGAACAAAAAAAUGAACACAGUGGGACACCGCCUUGGAGCGAAAUAUACAUAAAGUACAAGCAACGUUGUACGAUGAAUGAUUCUCCAUUUGAUAGUGCAUAUAAAUCUCGCCUUUCUGCCUGGGAGGAUCUCGUUGUAGGAGUAUAUCUCCUUCUAAUCGGAAUUUUAGCGUUAGGUCUGAAUACCCUUGUGAUCUACACUUGUUUGAAACACUGGCGAUCCCUCGUCUUAUCCGACUACUACAUUUUAAGUUUGGCGUGCUCAGACGUGAUCCUUCCACUGAGCUCUUUCCCUCUUGCGAUCAUAUCAUCACUGUAUCAUGGCUGGAUGUUUGGUGAUACAGGUUGUAAGAUGUAUGGGUUCUUUGGUUUUUUCCUCGGCAUAGGAAGCAUAACCACAGUGACGGUUAUGGGAAUUAUGCGUUACAUAAGUAUCUGCAAGCCUCAUAUCAAAAUCACCAGUCGUAGAUGUAUAAUUGCUUCCACAAUAUUUCCAUAUUUCUAUGCGUUUGCGUGGUCUUUUCUUCGGCUGAAGUGGUUUGGCAGCUACAGGCUUGAGUGGGAUGAUUACAUUUGUCAUGUUUUGGAGUUUCGUGUUGUCUUGGAUGCCGUAUAUGAUAGCCUCGUUCCAUUCAGUAUAUGCUAUGGACGGAAACCAAUCUUCUAG